AGUUACGAACGUCACUAACCACGGAAGCGAAUGUAUCUAAGGUCUUGUUUCACACGGAGUGUUUUCCGUAGGGGACCACAGCUUUGAAGACUUCGCAGCAUGGAAGUGAAAAAUGCAAAUGCUGCCAUGCUCAGUAACUACGAGGUGUUCAAGCUGCUGACCGACCUGAAGGAACAGAGGAAGGACGGCAGCAGGAGCAAACACAGCAUGGGGCAUCAGAAUCUCAACACCAUCAUGUAUGAGACGCUGAAGUACUUGUCCCAGUUGCCGUGCAGCCGACAGAGUCCGGAGAUGGUCAAGGAGUUCCUGUCCUCCAUGAAGCACCAGAAGCUGACAAAGGCCGAGAAACUGCAGCUCAUGAACCACAGACCACAGACCGCAGUGGAGAUGCAGCUCAUGGUGGAGGAGAGCGAGGAGCGUCUGUCGGAGGAGCAGAUCGAGGAGCUCAUCCAGACCAUUUCAGAACUGUUGCCUGGCGAUCCCGAGCAGGGAGAAGCCGCUCCGGCUGACGCAGAGAUGGCUUAAAAGAGAACUUUUAACGUCCCUCGCGGGAAGUGGCUGACGUGCGGACGCUCAGCGGUCUGUUUAAAGGAAGUAUGAACAUGACGUAACGUUUGAGCUGAGCCGUGCAAAUGUGAAACGUUUUAAUUGUGUUCCUUUAUGCAUUACAAAGAUAAGCGACACUUCAAAUAUGGUCCAAAACGUGAACGUUUUUGCAGUAUAUACAACUUAUUAGUACACGGGUUGAGUUUACAAAAGUAAAGGUAUCAAAAUGG